AAAAAUGGCUUUAGGAGGAACAGCUCCCCCAAGAGGAAGUGCAGCAGCAGCUGCUAGCUUAAGGAGAAGGAGAACAACCAGCGGUGGUGCCUCCGGAGGAGCAGCUGGAACUAUGCUUCAAUUCUACACCGAUGAUGCUCCGGGGCUCAAGAUCUCUCCAAAUGUGGUUCUUGUAAUGAGCAUUGGCUUCAUUGCAUUUGUUGCCGUCCUCCAUGUGAUGGGCAAGCUUUACUUUGUGCGUAGGGAGGCAUAAGGAUAAAUGACAUGUAGUUCAAGUUCAUUUUUGUAUUUUGUAUACUCAAUCUCUGUUGUGGAAUUUAGAUUUUCUGUUGAUGGAUCCAUCUCUUUACUUUUGUUACAGUUUUUUAACAUUAAUGAACAGUAGUGGCCCUGAGAUAUAUUUCUGUUAUAUCUUGUGUUUUUGGGCGAACUUUUC